ACCGUCCACGGUUCAUUCAUCUUAAGCUGGAAGACCAUUGCAGGUUGCCACAUUUCCUUCACUCUUUGAUCAAACUGCAAACAGAUCUCACUCCACUCCAAUUCACCAUGUUUACUGCAAAACCCACUUCAAGAUCUGUCUUUUUCUCCCUACUCCUCCUUCUCCUACUCGCCAUUUUUACCGCCAUUUCACUCUCUUCCGAGCCCACGGCACCCGAUGAGGAUAUUGACGACCUGGGGGAUCUUCAAGAACUGAUAGCACUAGACGAAGAAGCUGAUUUGAGUUCAGAAGGGGGUCGUCAUGAGAGCAAAGAUAAGCCAUCUGGGGCUGAGCUAUUGAGCAGAGCUCAGAGAAUUGUGCUUGAGCUUAAUAGUGAUAACGCCAAGCGUGCCAUUGAUGGGAACGAGUAUGUUUUGGUUCUGGGUUAUGCCCCAUGGUCCGAGACUAGUGCUGAGCUGAUGCCAAGAUUUGCCGAGGCUGCAACUGCCCUCAAGGAAUCGGGAAGUCCCGUCUUGAUGGCUAAGGUUGAUGCUGAGCGGCAUCCUAAGAUUGCUUCCAAUCUUGGGAUCAAAGGGUUCCCAACUAUGCUUCUCUUCGUCAAUGGCUCCUCUCAACCUUACACUGGUGGAUUUUCAGCGCAAGAAAUUGUGAUUUGGACAAAGAAGAAGACGGGUGCACCUGUUCUUAGGAUUAAUUCAAUUAAUGAGGCAACUGGAAUUUUGCAGAAGCAUUCUAUGUUUGUAGUUGGGCUGUUUGAGGGAUUUGAGGGACCUGAUUAUGAAGAGUACAAAAAAGCAGCACAAAUUGACAAUGAGAUACAGUUUAUUGAAACUAGCAGUGCAGAGAUUCUCAAGGUUCUAUUCCCUGAUGCCAAGCCUGCUAAACUUUUCCUUGGUCUAGUGAAAAGCGAACCAGAAAAGUACACUUCAUUUGAAGGAACCUUCAAUGCCAAUGAAAUCCUGCAGUUCUUAGAAGAUAACAAGUUUCCCUUAGUUAGUGUGCUGACUGAACUUAAUUCUGCGAAAGUCUUCUCCAGUGCCAGCAAACUCCAGGUAUUUGUCUUUGCUGAACCUGAUGCAUUCAAGGAGCUCCUUGAACCUUUGCAAGGUGUUGCAAAGGAGUACAAAUCAAAGAUAAUGCUGAUAUAUGCAGACAUCAGAGAUGACAAUCUUGUGAAGCCGUUCUUGACUUUGUUUGGACUAGAAGAACCCAAGGACAUUGUUGUAAUUGCUUUUAAUUACACUAUUGGCUCCAAGUACUUGCUGGAGUCCACUGCCACACCAAGAAGCAUUAAAGGCUUCUGCUUAGGGGUUCUGGAUGGGACUGUGCCACCGUACUACAAAUCACAGCCAGCACCUGACAAUAAAGAUGCAAGCAUUCUGGCUGUGGUGGGAAAGACGUUUGAUGACUUGAUCUUGAACAGUCAAAAAAACAUUCUUCUAGAGGUACACACACCAUGGUGCAUCACCUGUGAUACUACAAGCAAACAAAUGGAGAAAUUGGCCAAGCAUUUCAAGGGUUUAGAAAAUUUGGUCUUCGCAAGAAUAGAUGCUUCCGAGAAUGAACACCCAAAACUACAGGUUGAUGACUAUCCGGCAUUGCUAUUCUACUCGGCAAGAGACAAAUCCAACCCGAUAAAAUUUCCCACAAAAUCGAGCUUAAAAGACCUAGCAACACUCAUCAACAAGAGAUUGAAAGAGCAGGAUGCCGAAAUCAAAGAUGAGCUGUAGGAAACCGGGUGGCGUGCCCAAAGAACACAAAAACAUGCAAAGAUUAUAGUGCCAUAAUGUUGCAGAUAAGCAUAUGGAUUU